AUGGAGCCGCUCGUUCGAGACGUCAGAGCGGACAAAGUACAAGAAGCUCCAGAUCUUCCUACGCUUCACUGUUUCGAUUCUUCAAACCAUCAUCACCACUUUGAUAUUCAUAUACGAAAAAUGCCUGGCCUUCGUCUUGGAUCCGUUGCACCCAACUUUACCGCCGAGACCACUCACGGAGUUCUCAACUUCCACGAGUAUCUCGGUGAUUCGUGGGGAAUCCUCUUCUCGCACCCUGAUGACUUCACCCCCGUGUGCACCACUGAGCUCGGUGAGGUAGCUCGCAAGGCACCCGAAUUCGCCGCUCGCGGUGUCAAGAUCAUCGGACUCUCCGCCAACGACAUCGCCUCGCACGAUCGCUGGAUCAAGGACAUCAACGAAGUCGGCAACACCUCCGUGAACUUUCCCAUCAUCGGUGACAAGGACCGAAAGGUCUCCACCGAGUACGACAUGCUCGAUGCGCUAGACCCCACCAACGUCGACGCCAAGGGUAUCCCCUUCACCGUCCGUGAUGUUUUCGUCAUUGACCCCAAGAAGGUCAUCCGUCUCAAGAUCAGCUACCCCGCCAGCACCGGUCGUCACUUUGACGAAAUCCUCCGUGUCAUCGACAGCCUUCAGAUCGGCGACAAGUACCGAAUCACCACCCCCGUCAACUGGCAGAAGGGCGACAAGGUCAUCGUUCACCCCAGCGUACAGGGCGAGGAGGCCGAGAAACUCUUCCCUGGUUACGAGACCGUCAAGCCUUACCUCAGGUUCACCAAGGACCCCUCGGCUACCGCUUGA